GUUCUGAGCUACGUAUAAAAAGGAUAUCGCUUUAUACCGUUGGACGCACACGAUAAAUUAUAUUUAAUUUUUCUAGUUAGGUCCCUGAUAACGCGCAUUGAUCGUCAUGGAUUUUAAACUCACCGUCGCAGUCGUUUUGGUCAUCGGAUAUUGCGUAAGAACAUACGUUAUUUUAUAAAUUACUAUCUAUAUAUUAAAAAAAAUAAAAUGGUAAAAACUAAUACAAGUCCUUUCGGGCGCUCAAUCAGGUCUAUUUCCUUCUUUCUUUUUAAAUAAAACGUAUUUAUGGAAAGAUUUGUCAUCAGUUAUUGAAAAUCCUUUACAUUGCUCAUUUCUCAAGUUAUAUUCUUAGAAGUUCAUUUUUGUACGUACGCGCAUAUCUCGAAAAAUACUCAACGGAUUUUAGUACGUUUUUCACUAAUGGAUCGGUCGAGUCUCGGAGAAGGUCCAUAGCUAUUGACAUUCAUCUCCUAUUGAAAAGCAUCCCCCAAAUUUUUUUUUUUCGGUAUUAUUACUAUUUAUUUUUUUGGAUUACCUUAGUACCACGGAUGAAAUGAAAACAAAUUUAAAAGGUGUUGGUCAAAACGUACCUAUGAUAUCUAUGGUAAUUAAUUAACCAUUUUUAUUUUAGUACAAUUUAUUAAUGUGGUAUAAAAAAAAUAAAUUUCCUAUAUAAAUUCCAAAAUUUAAUACCUAACCUAAUUUAAUUUAUGGGUGCGUAUUUUAACCGUCAUAAUAUGUACCUAUAAGUAUACUAAAUAUAGGUACCACCUAUAUCUAUUGAAAAUAGUGGAGAAAGUUGUUACAUAAUAUCGUUUAUUUUUUGUUAUUUUACUUACAAAAAACGCGCGAUUUAUUCGAUUCCAUCAUUUCUGGUCGUAUUAUCAAAAUGGUAGUGUGUAAUAAUUCAAAAAACGCAAUUUUCCUUUUGGUUAAAACUUAGUUCUUAUUACAACGAUGCACUGUAAUAGUUUCUCGUAUCUACAAAUUUAAAUAUGUUAAAUGAGAAAAUAUGGUGAGUUACAUUAUGGUAAAUAAUAGGUCACUAUAAAUGUAAUAAUGUAUAUUAAUAUCUCAAAAUAUUACACUAUUACAUUAUGAUGAAUUUAAUAGUUAGGUACUCAAAAAAAGUCAUUUUUGAGACAAUUAUUUUUUAUUGAAUUUUGUAGUUUAUAUGUAUAAUUUUAUUUUUAAACGUUAUAAACCAAAUAUCGUAUAAUGUAGAUAAAAUAUAAUUUUUUUUUACUCGUAGGUAUAAAGUUCAUAAAAUCUUUGAAUUGAAUUUUCUUAAAACAUAGUUUCUAGUGUAGUAACACUCUAGGGAUCACAAAUCAAAAUAAAAGUUUUCCGAAAAAAUUUGAGGAAAUUUUAGUGAAUGUAAAAAUAACUAGAAAAAUUGAUUCUUAAUAAAAAUAAAAAAUUGAAAAAUUGCUUUUGAUUUUCAUCCCAGAAAGAUUAAUUAAUUUAGAAUUGUUUUUUAUUAUUUUCAAAAAAUUGUAGAAAAAAAUAGAAACUAUAAACCCAUUACUAAAUGUAGCUGAAAGAAAGUGUUGCUUCCCUAUGAUUUUUUUUAUGUUGAAACAAUUUUUCUAAAACUUUUUUUUUAUAUUCUGAAAAAAAAAAACAAUAAUAAUAAUGUACCUUAUAGACAUUUGGGUGUGAACAAGUUGACAUGAGACGUUUUGAAGCAACUUUUUGGAAGUGAAAAAACAAACUUUUUUUUUUAAUUUGUAUAAAUUAUGUUUAAUUAUUUAUUAUAGUUUGAUCCAAUUUAAAAUGGUUAAUACUCGUUAUCCCAAAAAUUAUAAAUCAUUAUAAAUCACUAAAAUAAACCUAUUAUCUUUUUUUAAAUUUUUUGGGUGCACUUCAUCUGCUCCAAGCUGGUUGUAGAAUAUGACAUGAUCGACCUUAAUUAUCCUUAAAUUUAGGACGAAGACCCAUUACGUCGGGCAAUCAUAUUUCAUUUCUGUAUUUACUCUUCGACUCGCCUGCUUCUUCGUGAUUGUUAUGUUUUAUUAUGAAUAUUUAUUAAACAUAUUCAUACAAAGUUAAUUUUUUGGGUGCUGAAAAUUUAAUCAGAGUCAAUAUUUUAAUAAAAAUCAAACCGAAAAAAUAUGUAUUUAUAUAAAUUCAUAUUUUUCUAUAUUUUCAUCCAAAAGUGAUGCUGCUAAAACGACCAUAUCCAAUUUAUUGUUCCUUAUAUUUUUUUUAUAUUUAUAUGCUUAUCUCAAAAAUGUUGUUUAAAACUAAUAAAAUAAAUUAAUAAUUUGACAUAAAAUUAAAAGAAAAUAGAAAAUGCAUCAAAAUAUCGUGUAUCGAAAUUACGUAACACCAAAUUAUUAGCUUACAGUUCUGUUUUACAAAUCAAAGGGGUUAUACGGAAUUGGUUCCCGAAACAAAUAAAGUAUACGAAUUAGUUACCGUUUAAUUAAUUGGUGAAAAAUUGCAUGCGUACAAUUCGUCAAAAUUUGUAAAUUGUAAACGUUAUACAACGCAGGGAGAUGAAAAUGUAGAAAAUAUUUCUCAGUAGAAUUUACAGACCCCCAAAAAAUGAAUAAACUUAAACAUACGAAAUAAAGUCAGACAUCAAGGUACAAGAAUUAUUCGGAAGACUAAAUAUAAUAACUGAAAGGGCUAAGUUAGGGGUCGCCAAUCUUUUCCAACUAGUGAGCAACAUUCAAAAUUUUAAGUCGGCUUAUUUAGAUUUUGGGAACAAAUUUGUAUUUUUAAAUACAUUCAGUAUAGAGAAGUUGUCCACUGUACAUAAUAUAAUUAUAUUAUAUUUUAAAUUCUGAAUGUAGCGAAGAAUAAAUUUGUUUUACAAAGAUGUUUAUUUUUAUUUUUUAAUCCUGUGUAUAAAAAUUCUAUCAGAAAUCUUGCUCCGAUAUAUACGCGCGGCACCAUUUUUGAAAGAAAAUAAGGUUCAGAUGGUACUCUUAGUAGGUCAUUUUUUGAUUUCCCAAGCGGUUUUCAUAAUAUCCGAGAAGAACCAAGAUAAAACGUAAGAAAAACGGAAAAUUUACUUAAAUAAUUCUUUAAUUAUUUUUCAGUUUUGUUAUUUGUUGUAAUUUAGGUGAAAAUAUUUGUAGAGACUUUAAAUUUGGACAAAAAACUUAUAUUUGCCUUUUUUAAACGAGGUAAAGUUUUCAAAACAGUUGAGUCAUUUUUAGGCUUUUCAUAAAAAUUUUAAUAUUUUUGUUGAAAUUUGGUUAACAAUAUUCGUAUCGACUCAAUAGACUUAAAGUUUGGACAAGAAAUUAUAUUUGUAUUUUCUAGAAGUGGUAAAAUUUUCAAAAAAUUUAAGCCCAUUUUGAGAUAUUCAUAGACAUUUUAAUUUUGAGAGUUUUCUACGUAAUAUUUAUUCGGUAAAUACUCUGUGGUAAAAUUGUUAGACCCCAACAGAAAUGUUUCAAAUUUUAACAGGAGAUUCAUUAAGAGUCUUAUCUUUGACGUAAAAAAAAAAAUUGAGAAGAUGUAGUAUUUUUUUUAUAAGGGAAUUUUAAUAUCAAAUUUUGACGAAAAAAAUAAUGUGGAACAAAUCUAAUUUUUCAAUUGUUUUUUUUUCCGAACAUAUGUAUAUUGCCUAUUUAAGAAUGAUGGUGAAGUCAGAAUUAAGAGGACUGACUAAGUUUUGAAAUUAUAGCUUUUUGAAGUUCUGAUAUUAUGCGGAUAUUACACGUGAUGUUAAAUAACUCUGUAUUGUCCUUUUUAAAGUAUAUAUGUCGUGAUCUAAUGGUUACUUAUGCCUAUUAUCCUAAGGGUUCCGAGUUUAAACCAGUGUGAUGAAUGUUUAUCGUUGCUUACAGAUAUACAUUAAAUUACCUAUAACAGUGGUUGCACCCGAUUCCAUUAUCCUGGGACGUCUUUUGAAAGUUAAUUUUAGAUGUGGACAAUCUGCAAACAUCUUUUUAUAUCUUAUGUGAUAAUUGACACUGAUACUCUGCAAUUUUUGAGAAUUAUGGCGUUUAAUUCUGGUGUAGAAACAUUUAUAUAAGCUUAUAAACUUGAUUCCAAAUUUCUGUUUGCCAUUCUUGACCGAUAUUUGUUCUUCGAGUAUUUUAUACUCGAAAAUGUUGACUUACAUGGGCAAUUAGAACUAUUUCUUGUAGAUUCGAGUAUUUUUGAGUUUGCAUACUUUGAAUAUUCCGAGGUAUCAUAAAAGCUGAAGAUUACAAAAAUAAUAUUUUAUUAUCCGAUUAUUUACAACGCGAUCGACAGAUAAUGGCAAAAUUAAUUAUUAUUACGAUCGACUGGUCGAGAAGAUUAGCGUCUAAAUAUGCUGUGAUGUUUAUUCGUGAUAACUUCCAUGUAUUAUGCUCUUUAUAUCACCGUAUAUUUUUGUUUCUUACAUUUUAAGUAUCCUCUGAUAACUGUCCAAUGGAUAUUAAUGCUGAUUUAAUAAUUAUAUUGACCCAUGAAUCAAUAUUUUAUGGACCCUACUACUCGGCAUGUAGCAAACCAUUACGAGUACAUUUGUAUAAAUAAUUUUUCUGCAGGUACUUAUUAGAGCAUAUUCGUCAAAAUAAAUAUAAUUUAUUUGGACCGUAUUAUUUUAUAUUCUAGUCCACUGUACGUUUUUUCAUUAGGUAAAUAUUUUGGAGAAAAUAAACCGAUAGGAUACGAGGACGUAAUGGCGCGUAUUGAUAUUUAAUUUAAAAACAUUCGUUAAACACGUUAAAAUUUGAAUUUAAAAACAAAAUGUAGUAAGUGAUAAAAAUAAAAAACUGUUGGCAUCCCUCCUAAUCAAAUUCCAUUGCGCAACUCACCCCGUGAGAGAAAAAUCCUGACGGUGAAAUGUAUAGCGUAUCGUCCUAUAAAAAUAUCGACUAUAAUAAUUGAUAAUGGGCGUUGUCGUGUUUAGCAUUUAACGUUCAUUACUGCUCAAGCACCCCCACCAGCACCGGCACCAGCACCGACAGACCAGACUCAAUCGGCCUCGCCAACUGACCAGGGCACGCCACAGUGCGGAGGAACAUCCGGAGGACCGCCGUCCAACUCAUCGACGCCGCCGAACUCAACGACACCGCCACCAAAUCCGGGAACGCCGCCGCCAGCUGGAACGCCGCCGCCAGCUGGAACUCCUUGAUCGUAACGUGCUCGUCCGUCGCACCGAACGCAGCCAUCCAUUCGUAUACGCCCGUCAUCAUGUAUUCACGUCACACAAUUUGCAAAUGCACAACACAAGCUUAAGUAUAGCAUGCACGAUUAUAUCCCCCGAUUAUUUUUAUCAUUUGUUAUUAUUCGGAUCGCAGUUAGCCCAAUUAUAUAAUUAGGAUAUUAGUAUAAUAUAACAUUGUAUUGUAAUAAAAUAAAGAAUAUUUUCCUGUAAUCGAUAUUGUUGUACUUCAUACGACUACUUAUAACUAUCACACGUAAUAAUUGUAUUAUUUAUUUUCCAAAAUA